AUGACGGCCCCGGACAGAUCUCGUUUUCCAUAUUGGAACCCAAACCUCGCUGUCAAUGACCGGGUGGAAGAUCUUCUGCAGCGAAUGACCGUUGCAGAAAAAGCCGGAGUCAUGUUUCAGGACAUGAUCUUAAUGGGAGCAGAUGGCGAGCUGGCCGAGGCAGUUCCGCACUUCGACAUGCCCAGCAACAAGGAUCUGCUACACACCAAGCAGAUGUCGCAUUUCAAUGUGAUUGGUCCAAUCAAUGAUGCUCGUCUGGCAGCCAAAUGGCACAACAAGAUUCAGCGAGAAGCAAGCAAAACGCGACUGGGCAUUCCCGUUACAUUGGCUACCGAUCCUCGCAACCAUUUCACAGACAAUGUUGGCACGGGCUUCCGCGCAGGCAUUUUCUCUCAAUGGCCCGAAACGUUGGGGUUUGCAGCGCUGAGGUCGCCAGAGCUAGUUCGAGAAUUCGCCAAUAUCGCGCGUCAGGAGUAUCUGGCGGUCGGGCUGCGCCUUGCACUUCAUCCCCAGGUGGACUUGGCCACGGAGCCACGCUGGAGUCGCAUCGGGGCGUCAUUUGGCGAAGACGCCGACUUGACGUCGGAGCUGGUUGCUGCCUACAUCCAAGGCUUCCAAGGGCCAGAGUUGGGUUCGGACUCGGUAUCCACGAUGACGAAACACUUCCCCGGUGGAGGACCCCAGAAAGAUGGCGAAGAUCCGCAUUUUGAGUAUGGUCGGGAGCAAGUAUAUCCUGGCGACAACUUGGCGUACCAUCUCAAACCGUUCAAGGCUGCAAUUGAUGCCGGUACGGCGCAGAUAAUGCCUUACUAUGGCAUGCCCGUCAAAACUCAAUACGAAGAGGUCGGAUUUGCGUUCAACAAAGCAAUUAUUACGCAGCUUCUGCGGGAGGAACUCGGAUUUGAGGGGAUUGUCUGUACCGACUGGGGUCUUCUGACCGACAAACCCAUCUUGGGUCAACCCAUGCCAGCCAGAGCUUGGGGUGUAGAGCAUCUCACCCGGGCCCAGAGACUACAACGAAUUUUGGACGCUGGCUGUGACCAGCUUGGCGGGGAAACAUGCCCUGAAGUACUUUGCGGCCUGGUGUCUGAUGAUUUGGUGUCAGAGCGUCGCAUAGAUCAAUCAGUCAGGCGUUUAUUGCGCGAAAAGUUCCUUUUAGGGCUGUUCGACCAACCGUUUGUUGAUGAGGACCGAGCAGCGCACAUCGUUGGCAAUGCUGAAUUCUCUCGACUCGGCAACAUCACGCAGAGACGCAGCUAUACGUUGCUCACAAACAAGGGCAACUGUCUACCUCUGGCAGGCCACAAUAGUGUGAAAUAUUAUGUCGAGGGAAUACCGGAGAAUGUCAUGGCAGCUCGUGGCUUGACUGUAGUGUCACACCCAAAAGAAGCAGAUGUUGCCCUUCUGCGUCUCAAAGCACCAUAUGAACCGCGACCGGGCGCAUUCGAGGCUCUUUUCCAUGCCGGAUCUUUAGAGUUCAGCCCAGAAGAACAAUUGCGCCAAAAAAACAUUUACCAAAGUGUCCCGGUGGCAAUUGUGGAUGUCUACGUGGACCGUCCUGCGGUGAUCCCGGAGAUUGUUGAUGAAGCAACAGCAGUGUUGAUCAGCUAUGGAAGUACGGCAGAUGCAUUCUUGGACAUAUUGUUCAAUGUCUAUCGACCGGAAGGAAAGUUGCCCUUUGACCUUCCAUCCUCAAUGAAGGCAGUCCAAAAGUCAAGGUCCGAUGUGCCUUACGAUACUGAGGACCCCGUUUUCCGCUUCGGUCACGGACUCAGCUACGCUUCUUGA